CCUUUCCCCAGCUUGCCCAUCCGAUCUAGCCUUGCUUGCUCGCUUCCUGCCGCCACUACCAGUUGAGCAGUUCCGCAGAACAACAAAGUCGGCCGAUAUAAAUACGACAAAGUAGCCUGUUGGAUGGAACCGUGUGCCGGCUUUCGGUGAGAGAGAAAAAAAAUACGAACCAAAAGAACAAAUGUCUUCGCCGUUGCAUCCGUCUCACCCGCAACAAACUAUCCAAUGACGCUGAUAAGCUUGGCUUAUCUCUUCCUCGUCUCCAUUAUCACAGGGGCCUAAAAAAAAGUCCGGAAAACCUACCAGACCGUUUGGAUAUUCAUUCUCACGUUAUUACUAUUUUCCGCUUGUCGAACCACAAAAAAAAGAGGAACACCCAAAAUAAAGCCUCACGCCCUCAACACCCCCUUAUUGUCUGCCUCCUUUUAUGAGGUUGUGUUCCAAAACACCCCUCAUCAACAACCAAAGCCAGAGCCCGAAACCACCCCAUACUCACUCAGCACGCCUCUUAACCCGCAUUUAAUGUGCAGUGAAGCAAAAAAAAAAGAACACUCAGUUAUUACUUGCUAAAAGCCCUUUGUCCCCGAACUCCGAAGAACGUUCUAAACCCUGUCGUCUCGAAGGGGCGUCUUAUCUUCACCCUUGCUUUAUCGGUCGGAUAGUAACCCGCCCCGUGAGCUUAACUACCACCCCGAAAGCUCCCGCCUAGCUGCAACUGCCGUGGACCCUGUCAAUUCCUAUCGCACAUUUCCGUGCCUCUGUUUGGUUCAGCUCGUUGCCCUGCCAGGCCUGGACUCUUGUUAGUCGUGGGGCUGUACUGCUUGCUUAUCGAGUUGCCGCCGGCCAAGCACGCUGGAGUGGUCAACUGUUUUCGACAGCAAGCUUGGGACCAGUCCCAGUCCCAGUCCUCCGCACCAUCAUCACUGUGACUUUGUCAUCUUGGCUUACGGCAAACAUUUCCGGCCAUUACAUGAGAGCUUGCACAAUUCAGUCUACUACGGCAAGUCGGUUUGACCGAGCCCAGGUUCUCCGCAUCGACCUGGGCGCACACCCCGGAGCACCUCCACACCCUCUGCACCAAAGGGCCAGAGCGACAAACUUGCCGCCAUCCACAACCAGUAUCAUCAUAAACCCCCCCUAACAAAAAGCCCACGCAACCAUGUCGACACCUAUCACCGUGGCCAGGACGGCCCCCAUACCCAUUGCGCCUAAGCCCUCGCGUAAAACGCCGAGUCGGCAGAGCACAAUGUCGGACGCCUUCUCUCAUAGUAUGAGCGGCCUCAACUCACCUGGAUCAGACUCAGCGUCGAUGAACGGGGGCCAGCCGUCCAUGCCCUGUGAUGCCUGUUUGCGCCGUCGUAUAAAGUGCAUCCUGAGCGAGGAUGAUGACCAGGACGGUGCAGGUAACAGCUGCAUAUCAUGUCAGGCAAACCGCAUGGACUGUUCCUUGGCCGAGAGUCCGGCGCUACGGAAGCGCAAGCUGAAUGGUGACCAGGAGGUUAGCCACAGUAAAAGAAGCUCCCCCGGCUGGUCGGACAACAGGAAACAACGCCAGCACCAGCCCGGAAAUGCCAGUUUAUCUAGCACUGUUGCCAGUAGUUCUUUCAUCGAGGAUAUGGCAAACUUCGGAGGGCCCACUCUCCUCAAACGGUCUUUGGGCCUGCAAAAAGACCGGUAUAGCCAGUACAUAGGACCGACGACCGACUUUGAGCCGUCGCUCAUCAACCUCUCUCCCUUCGACCCUCAUGAUGAAAGUCUGUUGGCGCGGGGCACUUUACGAAAAGUCGGUGAGCAAGAUACCUUUUUGCUGCUGCCGGACCAUAUCACACCCGGCUAUGAGCACAAGCCCAGCGACUCGGAAGAAAUCGAAAAGAUCGUUGCGCCGCACGGCCGCAAGCUACUCGACCUGUACUUCCGCAUCGUUCACCCUGGCUUUCCUGUCCUGCAAAAAUCAGUAAUCUAUGACAAGUACGAGAGAGACUAUCGUGACAUCUCACCUCCACUUCUUGCCGCCAUAUACCUCUUAUCUGUCAACUGGUGGGACCACGAUGAGACGCUCGCGUCGUUACCGAAACCAAAUGUCACCGACCUCGAGCGGUUGGUGCGUGACACGCUUGCCGAUUCCAUGUUUCGUCCAAAGCUCUCGACGGUGCAGGCAGGACUACUCCUCUCACAGCGGCCCGAAGGAGAUCAAUGGGCACCGACGGCACAACUCGUGGCCAUUGGGCAGGAGCUUGGUCUUCAUCUCGAUGCCAGUGCCUGGAAAAUACCUCUGUGGGAAAAGGGACUGCGAAAACGGCUCGCCUGGGCCUUGUACAUGCAGGACAAAUGGGGCUCGCUGGUCCAUGGCCGCCCUUCACAUAUUUUUGCGUCCAACUGGGCGGUGCAGCAGCUUGCGCCAGGCGACUUCCCUGAUGACGAGUGGGCAGACGAUAACAUUGAGGACAGGGAGGAUAUCGAGCGGGGACGGAUUCUGUUUGCACAGAUGGUGCAACUCACACUGAUCCUUGCUGAGACUUUGGAUACGUUCUAUACUUUGCAGGCGAUGCAGACAAUAUCGAACGCAGGGGCUCAGGGGACGUUGGUUGUGCUCUCGCUGGCCAAGCCCAUUCAGAUAAGGCUGAGGGAGUGGUAUAGUUCACUGCCCGGCCCAAUUCGCAUGGACUCGAGUAGCGCCUCCCCGUCACAGUGUUUCUCUACAUCGAACAGGAACGGGAGACUCACCAGUAUUGGCUAUUUACACCUGGCAUACUUUGCCACCGAAAUAACACUGCACCGACGUAUUAUCCGCUCCCUUGCCGUCACCGAAGAGCUGGCGACAGGUACGGGUACUGGAAAUGGCACUCCUUCAUCUGCCGCGGCGACACCAGCCUCCGCAUCCGCACCGACGCCCACGCCGAAUUUUGGACCAGCAAGCCCCGAGACGAUACUGGAUGUCUGCAGGAGUGCUGCCAAGGCGCGACUGAUUUCGGCUAUGGACUUUGUCAACCGCUUGACGCCAUCGCACCUUCGUGCGUUUUGGUACUUUGCUUCAAAGACCAAUUUCGCUCUCAUAGGCACAUUCGGUUCCCUACUGUGGGCGACCUCGCCGGGCCGUCAAGAGGCAGACUGGUACCGCAGGCGGCUAGCCGAGUACCGGUGGACUCUCUCCGUAAGCUCAAAGCCGGGUGAGGGCAGAGGUCUGACAGAAUUUGCUAUGGGCAUGCUCGACAUCAGCACGGGGCUACUGAACAAGCUCCCCGAGAAGCCCCUAGUAAGCCGCAGUGGCUCUGCCGUCGACUUCGAGGGCAUGAGGCGGCAGCUGGCCAUGGAGACAGGAGUGAGUGCUAGGGCCCCCCCUGGGUCUACUGGUGUGGCUGGCAGCCUACCGGCCGGUCGGGGUCUCGGCGGUCUCGGUGGUGGCCAGUCUUUCAGCUUCAGCAACCUGCAAAGCGCUUACGGAAGCGGGGUGCUAAGUCCGAGAAGCCAUAGUGGUGACGGAGGGGUCGGUGAAGAUCUCGAUGGCGACGAGGAGGGAGACAGCAGUGACGAUGCGAGCGGAGACGAGUUUAUGUACGGGGGUAUACCAGCAUCGUAGAAACCCUCACUGAGACGGAUUUCGAAAUCAAGUACAGGAUGGGUGGUCGUGGGAAAAUCUCCGAGUUUAUGUUUGAUGAUUUUAAUUAGAUGUUGGGACAUUUUGUAGCCUGCUGGGAGUGGUACUCUCAUAUCGGUCGGUGGUUUGGCGAACAAUGGUAUCUUCUUGGUAUCCGGCGAGUGUCGGUUUGGUUCUAUUCCUAGUCUAGAACGAGAGAGCAGUCGACGAAGUUGACAGGUUUGACAGGCGAUUGAUUGCUCAAGCACACUGCUACGACAAGGCGGGGGAAGCAGAAAAAUAAUGAAGUGUAUGACUUUUUCCUGCGACGAAAAAGACCGGACCAAAAGACUUUCUUGUGUUGACGUUGGAUAGAUGACGAACUCUUGGGUACAGCACGCAAUGUUCAAGUCGUGACAUGGCGUGAUAGCAUACACAAGGCCUUGCAUGCAUCUCAAGUCGAAACAGGUAAAAAGUAACGCAAUAUAGUCUGCUUGGUACCUUGAGAACUUCCAGCCC